CAAACAAAUGUAAAUUUCCGAUAGUGAUUUGAUAGCAAAUUACUUUUUAAUUACUUCGGUAUUAAAAGCCUUAAAAAUAAAUACUAUGGAAUCCAUUUGGUUUAAACCCGAGUUUUCUAAUGAAAUAAUACAAAAUCCUGAUAUUUUAGAUCAAACACAAAAUGUAAUUACUGAUAUUAUAUCUGGACGAAUUGAAAUAACAACACUAGUUGAAAACAUGGCUGGGGUACUAACAAGCAAAGAGGUUGAUAAUAGAGAAAAAGGAAUGAGAUUUUUUACAAAAAUCUUAACAGAAUUGCCACAAGACUAUUUGUCGGAUAUACAAAUAAAAUUUAUAUCUAAAUUCUAUGUGGAUAGAUUGAAAGAUAACCAUAAAAUCAUACCGGUUGUUUUGGAGGGCUACUUAGCAGUAAUUGAUAUGAAGAAUUACAAUAUGCUUAAUUGUGGUGAAUUCUUUACAACAUUAUUCCGUGAAGUACCUUGCCAGUCACAAGUACGGCAAGAUAGAUAUCAUAUAUAUUUAAUUGUGCAGAAAUUGCUCGAAAAGGAUGUUAACUAUAUAAAAACACUGGGACCAGAUUUUGUGUAUGGAGUUAUAUCAUCUAUUGAAGGGGAAAGAGAUCCUCGAAAUUUGUUAUUCCUGUUUAAUUUUAUUCCUACUUUCCUAAAACAUGUACCAUUAGGACAUUUGACUGAAGAAAUGUUUGAUGUAAUCUCUUGUUAUUAUCCAAUUGACUUCCAUCCAUCACCAAAUGAUCCUGCAGCGGUCACAAGACAAGAUCUGGCUUCAGCUUUGAUACCGUGUCUAUGUGCUGUGCCUGAGUUUGCGGAACAUUGUCUUGUGCUUCUAGUUGAGAAGUUGGAUUCCAGUUUAAGGGUCGCCAAAAUUGAUUCUUUGAAAUUAUUGGCUGAAAGUUGUAAAACGUUCAAACCUGAGAGUUACAAGCCAUUUUUAAAAACUCUAUGGUCAUCAAUACACAGAGAGAUAACACAUAAAACAGAUAAUGAAUUAAAAAUGGCAGCUCAUGAAGCAUUAUCGGCUCUAGUAUCAAGAUUAGCUACAACUGUUAACACGGAUCAAGAAUUUGAAAACUUCGUUAAGGGAAUAAUAAUAUCUAUUCAAACAGCUUUAGCUAGUUCAACAACAGCGUCACAGUUUUCUCAAUCAGGUAAAAUAUUAUUAACCACAGCAAAUGCAUCGAAGGAAUCUUGUUAUUUAAUAGUAAAAUGUAUGGUGCCUGCUAUCGCAGCGUAUUACGAAUUCAAAACAUCAUCGAAAUUACAAAUUGCUAGUAUAGAGUUUCUUGGUGAUCUUUACGAUUUAGCUAAACAUUGGAAUGUUGUAAAAGAAUUAGACGAAAAAAUGGAUGAGAUAUUACAGCUCUGUUUAUUAGCAGUUAGUCAAACAUCGAGCAAUUAUCAAAUAGCUGGAUUCAGAACUAUGAUCAAAAUGGCUGAAGUCUUAAAAUCUAAUUUAAUUCUACCAUUUGUUGAAGUUCUAACUUAUAAUGUACAGCAUUCACAAGAAAGUGAAUUGUUAAAAAUAAGCGUUGAAGCAAUCCAUGCAAUCGCUAUGUACAAUCCAGAAAUAAUAAUGAAUUUAGUUGUCAAAGGAAAAUGUGAAUUGAACAAUUUAAUGGAAGACAAAAUUAAUUUGCAGAAGCGUUUAAAUUUACUAACAAAUUUAGCGAGUAUAGAUGAUUUUACAACAUUAAUAAUUGAAGAGAUGUUGAAAAUAAUAACAGAGAAUGAGGAAAGUGCUCCUAAAGUAGUUGAAGCACUUAAUGAAUCAAUGUCCGAUACAACUUUAUAUACAGAGGAAAAGAUAACAGAAAUCGAAAGUGAUCAUGGUCUUAUAGAUUCAGUUGUAAAUUGGCUAAUGAAAGAGAUUAAAUUGGGAACUUGUGAAGAAUCGUAUAACCAUGGAUUCACAUUAAUAGCGAAUACAAUUAGCAGCUUGCCAGCGGAGAAACAACAUCAAAUAAUAUUAAAAUAUACAAAAGAAUUGAUUGAUUUAUGCAAGACAAAUGAUAUGAAUUUCUUAGUGGUUGAAAGUCUGUAUUUAUCUAUACACGAAAACUUAUAUGACGUUGUUAUAAAAGAUAUUUUGAGUUUAUCUUUGAGAUUAUCUUUGAAUAGUGAGAAUGGUACGGUUAGGAUGAAAGCGUGUGUUUUAGUGGCACAUUUCUUGAAUAAAGCGGAGCAUGGACAGAAGUUUGAUUCGUUAUAUGAAUUGUUGAAGGAUUAUUUGUCAUCUUGUCGAAGAGAUGAUCUGACUUUAUGUCCGAGACUGAUACAACUUUAUGGAUGGAUAACUAAAGCUUUAAUUAUGAGAAGCAGUGGUCAGUUCUUAUUUUGGUUAGAAAAGAUUCUCGUUUCCAUCACAAAUGAAGAUUAUGCCAAAGAGGGCGCUGAAGCUAUCCAUCUUAUAGUUACAGACUUUCAAGAAUAUCUCAGCAGACGUCAGCACUGUAGAAUAACUCCUUUUUACAAACAGAGAAUGUUUCAAUCUUUUUCUAAUUUAACAGCGAAACUUGAUUUAUUGAAUUCACAAGUAAAGGAGUAUUAUUUAUUAAGUUGGGCGUAUAUUUUAGCAAAAACUCCUAAGAGUGUUCUCAACAAUCAUCCCAAUAGAGUUUCAUGUUUAGUUAUAGACGGAUUAGAGUAUGAUAAUAAAGAUUUGCUGUUAGUAAUGCUCGAUGUACUCUGUCACUAUGUGCAAGCGAAACACGUCAUAGUUGCUGACAGCUUACAGACUAUAUUGCCUCGGCUGAUUAAAUUGUCGAAGUAUGUCAAAUCUAUGGAUGUUAGAAUAAAGAGUUUACAGUGUCUAUUUGAAAUAGCUAAAGUAUAUCCAACAUCAGUUCUUUUGCCUUAUAAGCAAGAUGUAUUAUUGGAUAUAGCGCCAUGUCUUGAUGACAAGAAGAGAUUAGUACGCAAUAUGGCGGUGCAAGCGCGUACUCGAUGGUUUUUAGUUGGUGCCCCCGGAGAAAAUAAAGAUAAUUAAUAUUAUUUAUUUGUUAUACAACUCAAAUAAAUAUAUUAUUUGG